AUGGACGGCGGAGGCGCAACGAUCGGAAAAGUCCUGCUCGAACCAGUCGAAACUGCCGGCGGUUCUGGAGCUUUCCGGUCGGGAUUUUGGGUGGUUCAGGAUUGGGGCUUCACGACGAGUCGAACGGGACCGGUCUCGAAGGCUGGGGUGGUCAGAUGUGGCGGCGGGGUGGCUGUUUCCGUUCAGGUGAACAGUUCGCGGGAGAGAGAAAAGACGCACGGGAGAGAGAGAGAAGAGGUGAGGGUAAGGGAUGCUGUAACAGUUCGCAUGUGA